AUUUUUUUUUCUUAUCUCUGCUGCUUUGCUCUCUUGCUGGCUUCCUUUCUCCUGUUCUUUUUCAAAUGUCAGGUGGGUGUGGAGACGGAAGUAACAGUGGCGAGAGGGUAGCCAAAGAAGAGAGCUUUCAAGAAGUUCAGUUCAGAGGCGCUGAUUUAGAUGCUCUCCUUGACAUGUCCACCGAUGUACUUGUCAAGCUCUUUCCCGCCGGAGCGGGCUGCAGGUUUCAAAGAGGUGUGAAGAGGAAGCCAAUGACAUCGAUCAUGAAAUUGCGUAAAGCUGUAAGAAAAGGGAGGCCCGGAUGGGGAGAAGCCAGAGCCCUUGAGGACUCAUCUUAGAAAUAUGAUCAUUGUGCCGGAGAUGAUUGGCCAUUAUCUUCCCGAGUUCCCAAUUUCUUACAAGCCCGUUAUGCAUGGAAGACUGGUAUUGGUGCAACACGCUCUUUCAGUUUCAUUUCAUUCCUCUCUAGUGAAAUGGGGCACUUACUUUGGGUGGAUGUGGAUUUUUCUGCACCUUUUUUCUUUCUCUAGUUAGGUUUUUGAUGAAUUGUUCUUGUGAACUUGUUAUGAUUACAUAAGCAUAUUCAGGGAAGCUAUGCGAUUGCAUUAGAAAUUAUAUUAUUAGUGAAAGCUGUUUCAAAUUACUCUUUUCAAACUCAUAUUUUAAUCAAGUGUUUGGAAAACAUGGUGAUUUUAAAA